AGGAGGGGGAAUUACUGGAUCAUUUCUACAGUGUGCUAAAGUUCACCUGGCGAGGCGGGACAAAAGGAGAAAGAAGCUCCUUGGACGACGACGACGACGACGACCGAGCGGCGAUGUUGACGGACGAGCGUCAUUACGCACGGGAGGACUCAAAAGAAGAAGACGCGUUCAAAAGGACAGAAGUGGAACGAGUCAAACGGCAUUGUAAUCGACUUGUCAAUUCGUUCUAAGUGGACAACAGUGACCGGCACGACAACAAGCCAAAGAAAUGUGCGCGAUGGCGGCGAGGAAAGCGGAAGUCCGUCGGCGCAUCGUGUCCAAAGACGGCCACAACAACGUGCGCAUCAACAACGUGGAGGGCAUGGUCAAGCUGUACCUGCACGACAUCUGGACCACGGUGGUGGACAUGAAGUGGCGCUACAAGCUCACCUUGUUCGCCUCCACCUUCAUCAUGACGUGGUUCAUCUUCGGCGUGUUCUUCUACUUGAUCAGCAUGGGCAAUGGCGACUUUGAGGCCAGCCUCAGCUCCAACCACACUCCCUGCCUGGAGAACGUCAAGACCUUCACGGGGGCCUUCCUCUUCUCCCUGGAAUCGCAGACCACCAUCGGUUACGGCUUCCGCUACAUCACCGAGGACUGCCCGCUGGCCAUCUUUACCUUGGUGGCCCAGCUGGUCAUCACCGGGCUGGCCGAGAUCUUCGUCACGGGGGCCUUCCUGGCCAAGUUGGCGCGCCCCAAGAAGCGAGCCGAGACCAUCAAGUUCAGCCGCUGCGCGGUGGUGUGCCGCCGGCAGGGGCAACUGCGCCUCAUGAUUCAGGUCGCCAACAUGCGCAAGAGUCCGCUCAUCCAGUGCCAGCUCAGCGGCAAGCUCUUACACGCCAACGUCACCCAGGAGGGCGAGAAGACCCAAGUCCACCAGACUUCGGUGAACUUCUACGUGGACUCCAGCAGCGAUUGCCCGUUCCUCAUCCUCCCGCUCACUUUCUACCACGUCCUGGAUGAGCGCAGCCCCUUGGCCGGGCUCAGCGCCGAAAAUCUGCAAAGCCGCGAGAUGGAGCUGCUGGUGACGCUCAACGCCACCAUGGAGUCCACGGCGGCGACGACGCAAAGCAGGACGUCCUACGUGCCCGCCGAGAUCCUCUGGGGCUACGAGUUCAAGCCGGUGAUUUUCGCCACGGCCGGCGGGAGAUACGUGGCGGACUUCAACUUCUUUGACAAAGUUCAGGUCAGCAGCGACGCCGCGUCCCUCAACAACGCGGAAAAGCUCAAGCUGGAGGAGAACUACAAGAAGGAGUAGCUGUGCUGCGUUGAUUCGGGUCUGGAAGCGGGGAAAUGUUACGAACUCCUCAUCCAAAGUCCUACAAAUGUUUUGAAAAUAUGAAAACGAACAUUCCAAACCAUGCUAAGCUACGAAAUUGAUAUUCACUCGUAGCAGUAGAAAUACGAAUACGGGGACAGACAUUUAGGUAGUUGUCAAAUAAAAAUAAUGCAGGCUGUCGCUACGAUUUAUAGCUACUCGGCCACAAUGAAGGCAGCUUAGUUUUGGCAGCAUUAGUUAGCACAUGCUAAUAAUGUCAUUUGUGAUUUUUUUUUUGGGGGGGGGGGUACAAACUGAAAUUUAACAUGUACCGAAGUAAAAUGUGAUCCGUUUUAAGGCUUUCACCACAAAAAAUGUUUGUCGUAUUUGAUUUCUCUUUCGUUGUCAACUCCACGCUCUUCUUGUGGCAAGAACCGAAACUGUUUGCUAUGAACACUCAAGACUCCGA